UUAAAGGUCAUAUUUGCGGGGAGGGAGGAGUAAAAAGGGACCACCGUCUUUGUCCAUAUACCUUUGACUGUUUGUACACUAUGUAACAAGUUUAUGUUUUAAAAGUCCAAUCUUACAACUUCAUCUGUCAAACCUCUAACAAACCUCACCAUGAACAGAUUGGCUCUCGCCGUGUGUUUGAUGCUCUACAUUGGCUUAUCAGUUGCACUUCCUUGUGAAGUUGUAACGAAUGGUCGAGGAAUAUGUUUCCAGUACAACUGUCCUUCAACACACAAACCACUCCCGUCCGGUUUUACCAAUCCACAUAUCUGUGUCAACAGUAAUUUCUACCCAUCGGUCUGCUGUGAACCUGAUCCAGCUAAAGUAAUAAAUAACCCGUACACCCCAUACUACCCAUACCCAUCUCCAUCUCCAUCUCAACCUAAUGUAGACGGCAUCUGUGGUAUAUCUAAAACCCAGAGGAUAUUAGCUGGUACCCGUGCUACUCAGUGUGCUUGGCCAUGGCAAGUGUCUAUCCGAGGUAAUACCCAGGGUACUGGAUACACCACCUACGAAAACAGUUUACCUCUUUGUGCUGGGGUCCUGAUUGACAAACGAUGGGUUUUGACUUCUGCUUAUUGUCCUCUUCUAGCUGGAUUUGGUAACGGUGUUACUGAUGUAUCGAAGAACUUAUUGGUUGUGGUUGGAGAGAAUAAUAUCGAUAAACUGGAGACAGAUCCUACAACCAGACAACAACAAGAACAAGUUUUAACUGUUAAGAAACAUUUCCUCCACCCGCUCUUCAAAUACAGUGUUCCCAGUGGAUAUCCAGAACUUCUUAAUCUUAAUGGCGAGGAAGUUGCUCCCUUUAACGUUGCUUUGUUGCAACUGAGUCAAGAUGUCCAGAUUACAGAAUGUCGUAAACCAGCAUGCCUGCCUGCAGUUAAUCCCACCAAUCCUACUUACCCUACCAGUCCUACUUAUCCAACUUAUCCUGCCAAUACUAAUCUCCGCAGCAGUGGUGAAUCGUGCAGUAGAAAAGAUUGUUACAUCGCCGGAUGGGGUCUUUAUGAUAACACUACCUAUUCUUCUUAUCUGUUACAAACACAAGUUAACCUAUUCCAAACCGAGGUCUGUGACGCCAUUGCUAGAGCUACUGGUAAAGCAAAGAGACCAGAUGGUACCCUUUGUGGCGAACCGCUUUCUAAGGGCAAUGUUCCAUGUACUGGUGAUAAUGGUGGUAUGUUGGUGUGUAACGAUAAUGGACGAUGGACCCUCAGAGGAAUUAUUUCAAAAUCAUUUGUUGAAUGCAGUGAUAAGGAACCAAUAACAGUUGCUGAUGUUGCAAACAGUCAGAUUCGAACAUGGAUUGACUACAUAAAAAAUUCGAAUCGGGCUUACUAAACCAUUCACGACCUCAGAGAGAACUCCUUUUUAUAUAAAGUUAACUUAUACUAAACGGAAAUCAUUAAUAUAAUCAAAAUAAUAUUGUACAUAAUAUAUUUCUAGUUCUUUCUAAUGAACGUUGAUCGUUCUAUUGCUAUCAUUAACAUCCACCGCAGGACCUGCUUCAAUGUGCCUCUAAUCUAUGAU